AUCCCACUUGAUUUAGUCGCUACCUGUACCUAGUCGUCUGGUCGUCAGUCUUAGUUCUUUUGUCCGCGACGUCGGAUCAGCCACGAACUUUCUUGAACUUAUACGCAGUUUAAAGGUACCUGCAGAGCACUAAUAAACAAAUAAGUGCUUCCCCGCCGUCGCCGAUAUAAACGGGCGAUUGCAAAUCUUACCUACUUUCCCCUGAGCUGCUACCACCGGUACGGUACGCCUUGUGAAGCCGUGGCGCUCUUUAGCUUUCCCGCUCGUAAUACUACCUCUACCAGCCUCGAGUUUCCCGUGGAGAAUAGAUAAAGCGACGUUCUUCUCAUUAAGGUUCUCCCCGUCACCAUACCAUACCGACCAGAAUAACAGGAUGGCGUUACCUAAGCGUAUCGUUAAAGAGACGGAACGUCUGAUGACCGAACCUGUUCCUGGUAUCAGCGCCGUUCCCCACGAAGAUAACCUUAGAUAUUUCGAUGUUGAGAUCCACGGCCCCUCGGGAUCGCCGUACGAGGGAGGCGUCUUCAAGCUCGAGCUGUUCCUGACAGACGACUACCCGAUGGUCCCACCUAAGAUCCGCUUCUUGACCAAGAUCUAUCACCCCAACGUCGACAAGCUUGGACGUAUUUGCCUGGAUGUGCUAAAGAACAACUGGUCGCCCGCUCUCCAGAUCCGAACGAUCCUCCUCUCGAUCCAAGCUCUCCUCGGCGCCCCCAACCCCGACGAUCCCCUAGCCGCCGACGUCGCCAAGAGCUGGAAGGAAGAUGAGAACAAGGCCAUCGCGACUGCCAAAGAGUGGACCAAAACAUACGCCACCCCUCAGCCGAAGUAGAAGCGUAGGCUGCUGAAGGCUGCUCGUAAUAUCCGCGAGUGCCUCAGGCGUAUUUCGAGACGCAUCGCCUGUUGUAUUCCUCGUCGUAAGGCUCGAUGGUCAUCUAGAGACGCUCUAGGAGUCAAUAUUUUCGAGGCUACGACAUGCGUUUAGUAACCGUUAGAUAGGAAGAGUUGAAAGUACUACCUACUCAGUCAUCAUCCAGUUAGUUAGCCAGUCAAGAAUCUCUUACUUCAGGGGUCGAGGAACCCCUUCUCUUUCAAAUUUUCAUUAGCAUGGAACUACACUGGCGUUCAGCGAGUUGACCGGAAGGUAGACGGUGGAGGACUGUAGACAUGCACCUAGCAAUAGCGCAGUUAAGCAAAUAAAAAAAAAUAUGACUCGGAA